AUGACAGCAGCAGCAGCGGUAGGUAUCGCCAGUAGUAGCACUGUGUGCUAUCACAGUGAUGGCGGUGAAGAAGGAACAACUUCAGCAGCAGCAGCAGGCGCUGCCGCUGCCGCUGCUGCUGCUGCUGCUGCUUCAGUAGGGGACUUCCUGGGUACCCUGGGGAAGCUGCGUUCGUUGCUGCGUCGUAUGCACUACCCUGCAGUAACAGCAGCAGCGGCGACAGGCAGCGAGUGGUGCAGCAGCAGCAGCGAACAAGAAGCAGUUGCUGCGGGAGCUGUCGACGCACUUCUGCCCAUCAUUCACUUUGCAGUUUGUGACUUCAGCCCAAAUGUUCAUAGCUUUCUUCGACGCCGCGGCUUCGAGUUUCUCUUCAAGUCCGACAAGCGGUUCGUUGAGGAAGUCUGGAAAUUCCUGCGGCAAGAGUGUGGGUAUCGGCCUGCUUUGACGGCCUCACAGUUUCUGACACCCGUCGGCUUUGCGGAGAGGAAGCUGCUGCUGUGUUGUGACUUGCUUACGAUCGUCCGCGCUAUCCAUAAUCAGGUGCAGCUAGACAGACGCAGGGCCAAAACCUUGCACCAACACCAACAGCAACAGCAGCAACAGCAGAAGCCAACGGCCUUCAUGUUAGAAGAAACCGGGGCGCCCAAGAAAGCCGCUGCUUCUCCAAGUCUCCGCAGCAGCAGCGGCAGCUUCAGUUACAGGCAUCCGCUUGGAGGUGAACAGAAGCAACAACAAGAACAACAGCAACAACAGCAACAACACCAGCAAGGUUCCAGCAGCAGAAGUGGCAGCGCCCCAGUCCCUCAGGCUAGGCUGGCGAUGCCUGCAGCAGCGAUAGUGCCUCCUGCUGCGUUUUCUGUUGGAGCAGAACAGAGAGUGGUUUCUGCCCUCUUACAGAAUGUCGCCUCUAGUGUGUCUUCACUACAGCUCUCCGGGCGUGUGCAGUCGGCUAUCGAUGAUCUGCGGGUACAUAUGCAGCAGCUGGAGAGACGCGUUGCUGCUAUAGAGAAGAAGCAGCAGCAGCAUGAUGCUGCUGCUGGCGUGUUUUACCCUACAACAUCAGGGCUUCCCAAGGAGCCAUUUGCUGCUCCUGUUUCAUCUGCUGCUGCUUCGUGCAGCUGCGCUUGUAGCAGGCGAGCCUGCUGCGCUGCUAGCGAUAUUCCACUACAGCAGCAGCACGGAGCUACACAUCAACAUGGGCAGCAGCAGCACAAGCUGCAGCUACUGCAGCAACCACAACCAGUAUCUCAGCAGCAACAGCAGAUACUGCAUUACAACCAGCAUCUGCUCCUUGAGCAGCAGCGACUGCCCCAUCAGCAGCAGCAAGUGCAACAGCUGCAACACCAACAGCUACAGCCGCUGCAACAGCAGCAAAAGCAUCUGCUGAUGCAGCAGCAUGUGUUGGUCCCCCAUGCAGGAGGAUCGCUGCCUCUAAACGACUGGCAGCAGACUACAAGCGGACAUGCUGCCCCUGGUGCAGCAGCAGCACCUAACGCGGCAGCAUUGAGCUCAGCAACAACCGCAGCAGAUGAAAAGCUGGAGGAGAGCGUCAGACGGAUAUCGCAGAAGAUUCAGGCUCUUCAAGGAGCUCUCCAUGGACCUAGUGCAGCAGACCAUUCUGCUGUUUGUGCUGCUGCUUGUGGUGCUGUGGCUGCUCCCGUUGCUGCUGCACCCAUGGCAAGUUCAGCGGCGUCAGCAGGUCCUGGUGCUGCUGCGUGCGCUAACGACAUGACAGCGUUUGCGGACAUAGCAGCAGCAGCUGUUGCUGCAGCGGCAGCUACUGAGGGAAAAGUUUCUGGAAGGGCCGCUCCACCAGCAGCAACGACAACGCAAUUGGAACAGCCGCCUCCUUCGCCUUCCUUGUUUCCUGCUCCGGGCAGCACAUUAGCAAAGAGCGGCAACAGCACCCACGGCAGCAUUCAGCUGCCUCCGCUGCAGCAUGAACUGCCCGUGUUGCACCAGCAGAACUGGCCUGGAGACCAGCAGCAGCCCCAGCAGGAUGAUGUGCAGCAGCGACCUGCGGAACAGCAGGACUGUCACGAAAGGCUGCAUGUACCGCAGUUCGGCACAGCGGGGGUUUACGAGGUCUCAACAGCAGCAGCAGCAGAGGGAGGAGUCACAACAGGAGCAGCAGCUGUGAAUGGCCCUUUGGUAGCCUCUGAUGUAGGCGUUCAAGGUUGUGCUGCCGAGAAGGGACCGGAACAGCAGCAGACGAGGCAGCAACAGUUGCUGCAGGAAACGCCUUUUUUCGGUCUGGGUCAUAGCACAGACUCAGCUGUGACUGAGGCUUCAGGCAGCAACUUAAGGCAAGCUAACAACUCCGUUGGGGGUUCCCACACCUUCACUGGAGCAGCGCCCCUCCCAGUGUGGCCUCCCUAUUUGCAGCUCUGA